UCCAUCGCUUCCCCACUGCCAACUGCCACUUUCCAUCUCUCCAAAUACUUGCAAGUUUGUAACACUCCAGUUGGAAGUUGUUUGUGGGGCUCUUCAGUUUGGUGGAUAUGGCUCUGCAAGCUGCUGCUUUGGUUCCCUCCGCUUUCUCCAUCCCCAAGGAGGGGAAGGCCAGUGCUUCUUUCAAGGAAUCUGGUCUUUUUGGAGUUUCACUUUCAGACCAUGUCAAGGCUGACUUCAGCUCUUCUGCAUUGAGGAACAAGAGAAAACCAUCCGUUGGAGCUAUCAGAGCCCAGACCGCAGCUACAACUCCGGCCAUCACCCGGGCUACACCAGAAGGGAAAAAAACUCUAAGAAAGGGAACUGUUGUGAUCACCGGAGCCUCAUCUGGACUGGGUCUAGCCACAACCAAGGCUCUGGCUGAAACAGGGAAAUGGCACGUCAUUAUGGCCUGCAGGGACUUCCUAAAAGCCGAAAGAGCUGCAAGGUCAGCCGGCCUUUCUAAGGAAAACUAUACCGUAAUGCACCUAGACCUUGCCUCACUUGACAGUGUCCGGCAAUUUGUUGAUAACUUCAAGCGAUCAGAACGGCCCCUUGAUGUUCUGGUCUGCAAUGCUGCUGUCUACCUUCCAACUGCUAAGGAGCCUACAUUCACUGCUGAUGGGUUUGAGCUUAGCGUUGGAACUAACCAUCUUGGGCACUUCCUUCUCGCCCGGUUGCUGCUUGAUGACUUGAAGCAAUCUGAUUACCCAUCAAAGCGUCUCAUUAUCGUUGGUUCAAUUACAGGGAACACAAAUACCUUGGCUGGAAAUGUGCCUCCAAAGGCCAACCUUGGGGACUUGAGGGGAAUGGCAGGAGGUCUAAAUGGGCUGAACAGCUCAGCCAUGAUUGAUGGUGGAGCUUUUGACGGUGCCAAGGCAUACAAGGACAGCAAGGUAUGCAACAUGCUCACCAUGCAAGAGUUCCACCGCCGAUACCACGAGGACACUGGCAUCACCUUCGCCUCCCUCUACCCAGGUUGCAUUGCUACAACUGGCUUGUUUAGGGAGCAUAUUCCCUUGUUCAGGCUUCUUUUCCCUCCAUUCCAGAAGUUCAUUACCAAGGGCUAUGUCUCCGAGGAAGAAUCUGGAAAAAGACUUGCACAGGUUGUCAGUGAGCCAAGCUUGACAAAGUCAGGUGUGUACUGGAGCUGGAACAAGAACUCAGCUUCAUUUGAGAACCAGUUGUCUCAGGAAGCUAGUGAUGCAGACAAGGCUCGUAAGGUUUGGGAACUUAGCGAGAAACUUGUCGGAUUGGCUUAAACGAACGCCUUAAGAUGAGGUUCUUCUCUUUGACUAAAUCUUUUGCCAUGGGAGAGGAGGAUAUCACUGAUAAUGACCUGGGUCCAUUUGCAAAUGUGGAGUUUAGGUUCAGAUGUUGUGAAUGUUGUGAGCAAAUUCCUUUUGUAAAAGUAGAGGACUUCUGAGUUAACAACCAUAAAUAAAAUCGAUCAACCCUUUUGCAGUUUUGA